CUUCCUUUACACGACUUCUCAGUGCCAUUGAACGCCGUGCCACUGACUCGGAUUGACCUGGAACUGCUUCCUGUUGUAGUUCUCUCGAUAUCCAGAUUCCCGGCAUACACUGCCCAACCAGGCAGCCGACAGGUCUCACAAUGAGGACUCAGGCUCUGGUCGUUGCCCUCUUGGCAGCAACUGAUUACGCUGCCGCCGUGACUCCGGACGCAAGGUUGCACAAGCGCGAUCUCGCAUACUCGCCGCCAGUUUACCCGUCACCAUGGAUGGACCCCAGUGCCGACGGCUGGGCUGAGGCUUAUGUCAAAGCGAAGGACUUCGUGUCCCAGCUGACUCUCCUUGAGAAGGUCAACUUGACAACCGGAGUUGGCUGGCAAGGAGAUGUGUGCGUCGGCAACGUUGGGUCUAUUCCCCGACUGGGGCUUCGCGGCCUUUGCAUGCAGGAUGGCCCUGUGGGUGUCCGCUUCUCCGACUACAACUCCGUUUUCCCCUCGGGCCAGACCGCCGCGGCGACCUGGGACCGAAGUCUGAUCUACCGCAGAGCUGAAGCCAUCGGGUUCGAGCACCGUGCCAAGGGUGUCGACGUUGUUCUGGCCCCUGUUGCUGGGCCCAUCGGCCGCGCGCCAACUGGAGGUCGUAACUGGGAGGGAUUCUCUGUCGACCCGUACCUUACAGGUAUUGCCAUGGCUGAGUCGGUCAAGGGUAUCCAGAAGCACGCGAUCGCAUGCGCCAAGCAUUUCAUCGGCAACGAGCAGGAGCAUUUCAGACAAGCGCCCGAGGCCAUCGGCUACGGAUACAACAUCACCGAGUCCUUGUCAUCCAACAUCGACGACAGAACCAUGCACGAGCUGUACAUGUGGCCCUUUGCGGAUGCCAUCCGCGCCGGUGUCGGUUCUAUCAUGUGCUCCUACAACCAAGUCAACAACUCGUAUGGCUGCCAGAACUCGAAGCUUCUCAACGGUCUCCUGAAGGAAGAGCUCGGCUUCCAGGGUUUCAUCAUGUCCGAUUGGCAAGCUCAACAUGCAGGAGCUGCUACCGCUGUUGCUGGCCUCGACAUGGCUAUGCCUGGUGAUGUGCUCUUCAACACGGGAACAACAUUCUGGGGCACCAACCUCACCGUAGCCGUCCUCAACGGCACCGUCCCCGAGUAUCGCCUCGACGACAUGGCUCUGCGCAUCAUGGCUGCCUUCUUCAAGGUUGGCUUCGAGGUGAAGACGUUGCCCGACAUCAACUUCUCUUCAUGGACCAAGGACACCAUCGGACCUGUUCAGUACUACGCCAAGGAGAAUGUUAAGGUCAUUAACCAGCAUGUCGACGUCCGCAACGGCAGAGAUCACGCCAAUCUCAUUCGUGAGAUCGCUGCCAAGGCUACGGUCCUGUUGAAGAACGAAGGCGCCCUGCCACUCCAGAAGCCCAAGUUCCUGGCCGUCAUCGGUGAGGAUGCCGGCCCCAACUCUCGGGGCCCCAACGGAUGCGCCGAUCGCGGCUGUAACUCAGGAACCUUGGGAGCCGCGUGGGGAUCAGGCUCGAGCGAAUUUUCUUAUCUUAUUACUCCUGAUCAAGGGCUUCAAGCGCGGGCGAUCGCGGAUGGCAGCCGGUACGAGAGCAUCCUCAGCAACUACGAAACCGCGGCUACUACGGCCCUGGUCUCGCAGGCAGAUGCCACAGCCAUUGUGUUUGUCAACGCAAACAGUGGUGAGGGUUACAUCAAUGUCGGCGGUAACGAAGGUGACCGGCAGAAUCUGACGCUCUGGAACGCGGGCGACGAGUUGGUCAAGAACGUGUCAUCGAUCAACAACAACACCAUCGUCGUCAUCCAUUCGUCGGGCCCUGUCUUGCUGACCGACAUGUACAACAACCCCAACAUCACGGCGAUUGUGUGGGCCGGUCUUCCGGGCCAAGAGUCGGGUCACUCGAUCACGGACGUGCUUUACGGAGACGUCAACCCCGGAGGCAAGUCCCCGUUCACGUGGGGCCCCACCCGCGAAAGCUACGGCGCCGACGUCUUGUACGAGCCCAACAACGGUGAGGGCGCUCCUCAGGACGACUUUACCGAGGGGGUCUUUAUCGACUACCGCUACUUCGAUCGGGCCACUUCCGGGUCCAGCGGCAACGGAACAUACCGGAACUCCACUGGCGCGGCUCCCAUCUAUCCCUUCGGCUUUGGCCUUUCGUACACGACUUUUGAGUACUCCAACUUGGUAGUGACUCCCGGAAACGCGGGCGAAUACACACCAACGACGGGCGAGACGGCGGAGGCGCCGACAUUUGGCAACUACAGCACCGACCCGGCGGAAUACGUGUUCCCAAGCGACAAGUUCCGUUACAUCUACAACUUCAUCUACCCCUACCUGAACACAACGGACAUUCGCGAGUCUGCCAACGACCCGACGUUUGGACAGGCGGCCGACGAGUUCCUGCCUCCCCGGGCGCUCGAGAGCAGCCCCCAGCCCAAGCACCCGGCAUCAGGCGCCCCUGGUGGCAACCCUCAGCUUUGGGACGUCUUGUACACCGUGACGGCGACGGUCACCAACACGGGCGGUGUUGCCGGCGACGAGGUUGCGCAGCUGUACGUGUCACUCGGCGGCCCGGAGGACCCGGUCAAGGUGCUGCGCGGCUUCGAGCGACUCCCUAUCGAGCCCGGUGCGUCGGCGACUUUCAGGGCGGAGAUCACGAGGCGCGAUCUCAGCAACUGGGACACGGUGAGCCAGAACUGGGUCAUCAGCAAGUACCCGAAGAAGGUGUGGGUGGGAAGCUCGUCUCGAGACUUGCCGCUGAGCGCGUCUCUUUAGGUGGUUGGAAAAAGUGCAGGUGAUGGUAUCUUCAAUAGUUUCUAAUCCAUCAUGAUUAACUUGGUGCCUGGUAUCGUCUUAUUGUUGUGACAGU